UUUCCAUAUUUCCGGUGUAAACCGGAAGUGACUAGCCCGUUGUUAGCUGUUAGCCGUGGUCUUCAUGCUACGGUUAAUCUAACGAACACAUUUAAAAUGUCUGAGGAAGCUGUAACCGUGACAGUUGCUUACGGUUCUACAAAGCACAGCAUCACAGUAACAAGUCAGGAAGAUGGCAAGAGUCCAACUGUUAAAGACCUGGCAGACUGUCUCACUCAGCUAACGGGAGUGCCCGCAGCCUCACAAAAACUCAUCUUCAAAGGGAAGUCGCUGAAGGACAUGGAACAGACUUUGUCCAGCUACAGAAUCAAAAGCGGUUGCAAACUAAUGAUGAUCGGAAAGAGGAACAGUCCUGAGGAGGAAGCCGAGCUGAAGAAGUUGAAAGACAUUGAGAAGUCCGUGGAGCAAACUGCCAAAAAGUUGGAGAAGGUGGACGGGGAGUUGACUGGACUUAAAAACGGUUUCCUGGCCAAAGAUCUGCAGGCGGACGCUCUUGGUAAACUGGAUCACCGAGUGAAAGUAGCAGCCGAACAGUUCAUGAAGAUCCUGGAGCAGAUAGACUCUCUGAGCCUCCCGGAAAACUUCAAUGACUGCAGAAUGAAGAAAAAGGGCCUGGUAAAGACGGUGCAGGACUUCCUGGCACAGUGCGACAAGAUGGAGGCGUGCAUAUCAGACCACUUGACAAAGAUCCAGUCUAAAAAUCUGGCUCUGGUGGAUUAAAAUGUGUUAAUGUGUUGCUCUGUGAGCAGCUGCUGUGUACAGAAAGCUCAUCCUCGUGUAUUUAUUGAUAUAGUCAUGUGAUGAAAGGUUGUUACAGCAUUAAGACUGAUGCUUGUCCGCCUGCAUUUUCCCCGUCGCGCCCCGUUGGUGGGGGGGGAUUACACAUUAGGUUUCUUUUAGGUCUGCAGGUGUAUUAGGAUUAGCCUUUGUAGAUUCCAUUACGUGACACAAAAUUCGGGACUUGAAAUCAUGAACCUUUGAAUCACUUUCCUGUGUACUUAUCCAGUGUCCUAUCCAUUAUGCUGCAGAGCCAUUUGCUAAUUAGCUCCCGUUUGCAGAACAGAUGGUCACAUGUCAAUAGCAUGCAUGCAUUUUAUUAAAAAUACCGACAAAACAGCAGCUUCAAUUUUUUU